CCUUCCCGAACACAGUUCCAGCUCGUACAUUCAAUAACUUCACGUUCAAUUGCCAGGUUAGGUGGAAUAACCUGCUGUAGUUCUGUCGUAACCCUUCGUGUAAAUGUUAAAGUUGAUUUAAUACACGGAUUUUGGUUGGAAACGGAACAUUAGAAGGCGGAUAAGUUCAUCGAUGGUGUCCAAAAGCGUCGUGUUUUGAACUGUGAUGGUUUUUUUUUUACGAUUGUAGUUGAAGGCGGCGCAAGGGAACAAACUGCGCUCUUCAAAUUCACCUCUCCCACGGACACUCCUCGCCGAGCGGAAUGGACGAAUCUUUUCGCGUCCUCGCAGUAAUUUUCACCCCCGAUGCGCCUUCGGAGAAACCGGGGCUAACAUGACAGUCGCGAGAGGAGGCCGAAACCCCCCCCAGCAACCGGCGGUAUGGACCGCGAGUCGGUACGCGGUUCUGGUCGCGCUGUGCGUGUCGUGUUACGGCAACUCCAUCCACGGGGAGUUGGUGCACGACGAUGUUUGGGCGAUUGUCAACAACCCAGACGUCCGACCGAGCUCCAGCCUCUUCAACAUCUUCACGAACGAUUUUUGGGGCAAGAGGAUGUCGGACAAUUCGAGCCACAAGUCCUACAGACCCUUUUGCGUUCUCACAUUUAAGUUAAAUAUCCUUCUGGGCGGCAUGACACCUGUGUACUUCCACGCCGUCAACGUGUGCCUGCACUGCGCCGUCACCUGCGUGCUGAUGCACACGUGCGAGCAAUGCGUGUUUGAAGAAUCGCGCCUGGCCUUCGUCACGUCCGUCCUGUUCGCGGUGCACCCGGUGCACACCGAGGCUGUGUCCGGUAUCGUGGGCAGGGCUGACCUAUUAGCUUGCCUGCUGUUCUUGCUAGCAUUCCUUGCUUAUAUAAGGAGCGUGGAUGUCAACACGUCUGCGGACUCGACCCCUCCGACGGCGUCUGCGGGGUGUCUGGUCAUUUCUCUGCUGCUGGGCACCUGCGCCAUGUUGGUGAAGGAAACGGGCAUCACGGUCUUCGGGGUGUGCGUGGUUUACGACGCCCUCGUGCUCUGCGGCCCGAACCGCCACCGGCCUGGAUCUGGAUUGUGGCAGCUGGUCCAGAUCUGGAAACCUUUCAUCAAACGAGCCUGCGUGGUCUCGAGCUACGUCUUGGCUAAUAUAUCAAUCCGACUCUGGUUAAUGGGAGGUUCGAUGCCUCUUUUCUCGGAGCAAGACAAUCCCGCUUCCUUUGCACCUCACUUGCUAACCAGGUUUUUGACGUACUCCUACCUGCUGUACUUCAACACCUGGCUGCUGCUGGCCCCCGCCGUGCUGUGCUACGACUGGCAAGUGGGGAGCAUCCCUCUCGUGGAGUCGCCGUGGGACAUCCGCAAUAUGGCCACCGCGCUACUCGCCGCGGGGAUGUUAGCCCUCAGCCUGCGUUGUGUGCAUUCACUGCAGUGCCAAAAGAAUAAGGAGGUGUUGAUGGGAAUAUUAUUUCUGGUGUUUCCUUUCAUUCCCGCGAGUAACCUUUUCUUCAGGGUGGGCUUUGUGGUGGCCGAAAGGGUUCUUUACAUGCCGAGCAUGGGUUACUGUAUCCUGGUGGUCCACGGCCUCGGUCGUCUCUUGUCCUCGGUGGGCCGCUGGGGCACCGCGGUGCUCAGCGCCUCCAUGCUGUUGCUGCUGCUGCUUUUCUCCUGGAAAACUGUUCUGCAGAACCGGGUCUGGCUUUCCAGGGAGGCUCUCUUCAGUUCCGGCAUCUGGACUCUGCCUCACAAUGCCAAAGUCCACUACAACUACGCCAACUUCCUGAAGGACAGCACCCGCCACCAAGAAGCCGUUUACCACUACGCCAUUGCCCUCAGGUUGUACCCUCGGCACGCCAGCGCUCUGAACAAUCUUGGCACUCUGACCCACGAUCCGGAGCAGGCCGAGCGCUACUACAGGCGAGCGCUGGACAUCAAUCCGCAACAUAACCGAGCGCUCUUCAACCUGGGAAACCUCCUCAAGUCACAGGGGAAGGAGAACGAGGCGGAGAUCCUGCUCCAGGAGUCCAUUAACUACGGUCCACAUUUUGCCGACGCGUAUUCCAGUCUAGCGUCACUCUACGCUGACCAGAAACGCGUUAGUGAAGCCCACGAAAUGUAUUCAAAAGGGAUAGAGAAGUGUCCCGACAGCUCGGACCUGCAUAACAACUACGGAGUGUUUCUAGUGGAUACUGGAAAGGAGGAACUGGCAGCUGCUCACUAUCAGCAAGCAAUCCAGCUCAAACCAGCUCACUACGUCGCCAUGGUGAACCUGGGCCGCCUCCUCCGUUCGUCUAAUUUGAACAAAGAGGCCGAGUCCUGGUACAAGAGAGCGCUUCUAGUGACAAGGAAGGCGGAGAUCCUCGCACCACUUGGGGCACUGUACUACAACACCGGCCGCUACGACGAAGCCCUGCUGGUUUACAGAGAGGCUGUUAGCUUACAGCCGGAGAACGCGGAUAUUUGGCUGGCACUGGCCCAGGUGUUAGCCAUGGCCGGUGAGACGAAAGAGGCCGAGAAAAUAACCCGGGAGAUCAUUUCCAGGGUGAACCGAUGCGUCGAAUGUUACCGCCUCCUGUCUUCAAUCUACAGCAAGCAUGGCAACCAUUCAGAGGCUCUGGAAUCUCUGAACAUGGCGCUCAAGCAGAAUCCCGACGAUCUCUCAGUUAAAGCAGAGUUGCAUUUCUCGAAAGGAAACCAGCUCCGAGAGAUGAACCAAUUGGACCGAGCUUUUGAGAGCUACAAAUUGGCUGUGGAGCUGAAACCGGAUCAGUCACAAGCGUGGAUGAACAUGGGAGGGAUUCGACAUAUUAAGGGGGACUACGCAGCAGCCCGGAUGUACUACGAGAAAGCCUUGAGUCUCAAUCCUGGUUCCAAACUUCUGAAAGAAAACCUGGAGAAGCUGGAUCGGCUCGAGAGGCGGAUGACAGGGGUGCCGUAGUCAGGAGGCCGGACCUCGCAUCGUCAUGGCAACUUGACACGAUUUCCCACUAUUUCACCUUUUCUAGGCUUGAUAGCAGCCGGGAUCGAAGAUAAGGCGGACGCGCUUGCUUGUGCACAGGGUUUGGUGACGUGUGCCCACAGGAGUGAGAUUUUUUUCUGGACUCGAGAAGACUGGUUGAGCCAAAAACCCGGACGCGUUUUUAAACGAGGAAUUGCUUGGAAACAACAGUGCGCAGAAACAUUGUGUAUUACAGUAUAUAGCUCCUAUACCAAAUAAUAUACACGUGUGGAUGAAAAUUGUUAGCGCUCUUCCAUGAAAGAGUAAACCACAAUGGUCACAGAAAUAUAGUAAGUUGAAAUGACUUUUUAUUUUAUUGCUUUGUUGUGUUCCAGGAGUUUUGUCUUCCCGUGUCCCCCGCCUAUCCUCGUAUGAGCUAAUCGGCGUUCUCCAGGUGUCUCUCGUCUUUGUCGGUCUGUGUAUUCCGUUCCAGUAUUUGCAGACUCACUUGAGGUAUUAAAUGACGCCCCCAAGCCCCACCCUCCCGCACACCUGUCGUGCCUUAAAUUGCCUACUUCAAUACACGUGGGUCUCCCUUCUCUCACGGCGUUGGGACAUCCGCCAUCACUCACGUCCUCCAGUAAGGUCUCGUUUCCCCCUCUUGAUCCCUCUGAUUUGGUUUCCUCCAGUCUUCCUAGUUUUCCCGUCUGCUGCUACGUUAACUUCACUAUUGUUUGUACAGAUUUCAAAGAUUUUGGCACCGGAUAUUUAUUCUACGUAAAUCAAUUCCUUCCCGACAAUCACACGUUUUUAUUCAGACUCCACAGUUACCCGUCACCUGACUGUGUUCCGGCUCGUCGGCUGACCCAGUUUAUUUUUGUCUUUCCUAAAAAUGGAACGGUACUAUUUUGCACAUUUUAAUACAUUGAUGUUUAUUUUGUAUUGUUAUUACUGCCAGCCCUUCCAAUUAAUACGAUAAUUGACUUCUCUAGCCGUCAAUGGCAGUGAAUGUGUUUUUUGACAGGUUCAGAUCCAAAUAUGCAUCUGUCCAUCCAUUUUCUAUACAACGCCGAACUUGUCUAAGACCCAAAAAAAAAAAAGAGGUAAAUUGCUGAAGACUAUCCCAGAUGUCUUUUUUUGGGGGGAGGGGGGCACUUAGUAGUCUUGAAAACUGAAGAAAAAGAUUUGAACCUGAUGCCACCUCAAACUUUAAAACUGAAGAACCCCACAUGACCAAGGACUUUGGUGUUUCGUGUUGUCACCCAAGGGUCAGAAACUGUUUUCUGUUUAUUGCCCCCCAUACCCCAUAUGAAAAAAAAGAUAUAUAUAUAUAAAAUAUGAAAACUAAAAGUCACGUUAGCAAGUGCUGCAAAAGAUCGGAAAUGUAUUUUCUCGGGUGUCAAUUAUGCUUGAUAUACCACGACAUACCUUGUUUUUAGCAUUUUUAAAUGUUUUACCACAGCCAUUUUUUUUUUUAAAUAUUUGAAUUAUUGUGUGUAAUCUCUAAAAAUGGCAAAUCUCCCAUAAUAUGUGAUAAACUAAUUUGAAAGGAAAUGUAGUUUUGUUACUGUGUUCGGCAACACUCUCGUUUGAUCUGCAACUUCACAUAUUGCACAACUAUCACUUUGAUUCGAAUAAAGAAUGUCAUGUCAUUAUCCAAGCCGCUUAUCCUCACAAGGGUUGCAGGAAAGCUGGAGCCUAUCCCAGGUAGCUUCGGGCGAAAGGGCGGACUACACCCUGAAGUGGUCGCAAGCCAGUCGCAGGGCAGAUAUCGACACCAUCACUCUGCGGGAAUCGAUCCUGUGCUGGCUGCACUAAAGGCAGGCGUGUGUACCACUACACCAUCAGUGACUCUCGAAUGAAUAAUUUAAUUAUAAAAUAAUAAAUGAAAUAACAUUUUGACACAAGAAAGCCUCUUAAAUGAACUUUAUUUACACGCGUGAAAUGGCACAAUAUUGGCAGAUUGAAUGUGAGGCCAAGUGUG